AUGCAUUAAAGAGUAAGAUUAAUAUCCAUAAUAAAGAAUGAGGGAUUAUUUAUAUUUUAUAAAAGAUUACAGAACUCAGAAUAAUCCUAAUUCUAAUGCCAUACGAUUUAUAAAGAGACUUAGAUUGCCAUUACUUUAUCCAUAACUUCAAUUCUUCCCUUAAAUGCAGAAAAUCUAAGAGGAGAAUUAAAUCAUAAAACCUUUUUUAAUAUUGUUUACUAAUUCGAAAAAUAGGUUAGUAAAAAAUUCUUUGAAGGCACAAUUAACAAUAUAUAUUAAUAGUAAAAUCAAAUUGAAAAAUUUCAUUUAAUUUCUGCUCUAAAUCUUUAAAGAAAAAAAGUUUUUUUUGAUCAUUCUUGCCUAUUGUUGUAAAGGUCAUCAACAAUUUUUUCAUAUUUUUACAAUUUAUUGAGAAUUAAAUCUAGAUUUUAAAUGACUCUUAAAAGAUUUUAUGAAUUUAAUACAGUCGAUUUGCAAAAUAGUUUAAGCCACUAAUCUUAAAGCAAAAGGUAAUUAUUAACAAAUAUUAUUUUACCUCAUAUCAAUAAAUAUUAUAUAAAGGGAAAAUUUUUAAUUAACCAUUUAUUAAUUACAAAUUUUAUUAACAUUCUACUUGGCUUAAAUUAAGCCAUUGGAAUCAAAAAUUAAAUAAUUUUCAAAACAAAAUAUUUUGAGUCUUAUGAAAGAAUAAGCAGACGAGUGAAAAAUGAAUAUUAUCUCCACUAUUUUUAAAUUAAAUUUUAGACUGGAAAUUCCAGUUUAAUUAGACAGAAAAAGGAACUUCAAUUUACUUAUUUUAUGAGAUUUAAUGAAAAAAAAGAUUAAUACUAAUUAGUGUUUAUACAGUUUUGUUCUCUGUUUAUUCUUUAUUUUUCUUUAUCUAUUUUUAUUCCAAUUAGUUCAUUCAUAGUGUUUGAGUUUCUCGACCAAAUAAUCAAUUACUAAACAGGUUUAUCAAACCUUUAACCUGAAGAUUUUCUCUAGCUGUCUUCUUCAGGUAAAAUAUCGUUUAAAAUCUUCUAUUGGAUUUAAGAAUAUUAUAAAAUGCCUUCGUUUUCUCCUUAAUAAAUCUUGUUUAAAUUCAUCCACAAUGGUUUAUAAGAAUGUAUCAACAAAAUUAGAAUUGAACCUAAUUUUAAUAUUUAUUUGAAAUUUUCUCUAUUUAGAAAAUAAUGGUACUAAAAAUUAAAUUAAUAUUGUUAGUACCAACCUUUAUUAUUGAAAUUGAUUAAGUUUUAAAUUUCAGCCUCAUUACUCUUCUUAAAAUAACAAUAACACUGUUAGUAAAUCUAUUUAAGCAAAAUUUGCUGUUUCAUAUAUUUUAGAAAGAAAAUGUGA